GCUGGCGCCCAGGCCGCAGCCUUUUACCGGAGUGGGCUCGAGGCCGGCCCCGCACCUCCCAGCGCUGGAGCCUUCUUCCCGGGGCCGCCCCGACCCGCCGCGUUCCGCCUCCCGGGCUCCGCUCCGUUGCUGGGCUCCCCUGAGGAGGCCGGUCUGGGGCGAUGCGGGGCCUUUCUUUUUGUUCUUAGCUGUGUCACGCGCGUCGGCACCCAGAGUAUAAAGCGAGCAUCCCCAAAGUGGCGCUAGUGGCAGCGGUGCGGGCGUGAUUGGCACACGGGGAGGGCGGGCUGGCCGCGCCGCUCGUCUCUUUCCCUCUCCGCCCCGGGCCGCCGCGGUGCCCACGUUGGCAACAGUCGCGUCCUGGCAGGUUCUCAGCCUGGCCCUUGAGAUGAUGGGAUUGGGAAACGGACGUCGGAGCAUGAAGUCACCACCGCUCGUGCUGGCUGCCCUGGUGGCCUGUAUCAUUGUCCUGGGCUUCAACUACUGGAUCGCCAGCUCCCGGAGCGUGGAUCUCCAGACGCGGAUUGUGGAGCUGGAAGGCAGGGUCCGCAGGGCGGCUGCGGAGCGAGGGGCCGUGGAGAUGAAGAAGAAUGAGUUCCAGGGGGAGCUGGAAAAGCAGCGGGAGCAGCUGGACAAAAUCCAGUCCAGCCACAACUUUCAGAUGGAGAGCGUCAACAAGUUGUACCAGGACGAAAAGGCCGUUUUAGUGAAUAAUAUCACCACAGGCGAGAGGCUCAUCAGAACCUUGCAAGACCAGUUAAAGGCCCUGCAGAAGAGUUAUGGCAGGCUGCAACAGGAUGUCCUCCAGUUUCAGAAGAACCAGACCAACCUGGAGAGGAAGUUCUCCUACGACCUGAACCAGUGCAUCAGUCAGAUGAAAGAGGUGAAGGAGCAGUGUGAAGAGAGAAUAGAAGAAGUCACCAGGAAGGGAAAUGAGGCCGUGCCUUCACACGAUCUAAAUGAACAGAAGGACCAAAGCCAGCAGCCCCGAGCCCCCAGUGAGCCCCAGCCCAGGCCGCAGGAGGCAGGCCCACCCCAGGCAGAGAUGCCGGAAGCAAGAGGAAACGUGCCCAGCCACGGUGAGCCCCAGACACCAGCCCCUAGCUCUGAGGUGGCGCUUGAUUUGAAGAGACAAGGUGAGAAAGAGGAAACCAAGGAAAUUCAGGUCGUCAGCGAGGAGGAGCUUCAGAGGGACAGCCUGGCACUGCCGAAGGAGCCAGGCCGAGAACAGGAGGUGGAAGGAGACAGACAAGUGGGCGGAAAAGGCAAUGGAGAACCCGGAGAGCUGGGCCAAAUCCCACAGGUCCCAGCCGCCCUGCUGGCCAGCCAGGAGAAUCAAGAGGCGGAGGGCCCUGAACGGGACCAGCUCGUCAUCCGCGACGGACAGGAGGAGGGGCAGGAUGCCAACGAGGAAGGGAGAAAUCAGCAGAAACUGGGAGCUGAUGAUGACUACAACAUGGAUGAGAAUGAGGCAGAAUCUGAAACAGACAAGCAGGCAGCCCUUGCAGGGAAUGACAAAAACAGAAAUGUUCUUAACGCUGAAAAUCAGGAAGGAGACACAAUAAAUUUACUUGAUCAGCAUGAAAAGAGGAAUCACACACUCUGAAUCAAACUGGAAUCCCAUUCUUGUGUGUCAGAAUCGAACAGAGAUCACUACACUAGUCACAAGGGAUUGAAUACUGUGAAUAAUGUACUAAGUAAAAUAUCUAAAGAUGAUUAUUGUGGAGUUUUAGUUUGUAUUUACAAUGUAGGAAAAUGAGAUUGUCUUUGAGACAGUGUUUUAGAGGUAUUUUUGAAGUGUUUAUAUUGAGAUGUCAAAAUUGUUGAAAUUUGUUGGCUAAUAGGUAUUUCAUAAGAAGAUCAACACCAGAAAUAGAACACAGGUCCUCCUUCAAGUACGACAACAGCAGGAUUCAUGUUGUGAAGUGUAACCUUCGCUGUGAAGGGGACUCCCAUACUCGCAGAGCUCCUUGUCUUCAGGUCCCUCUGGAGUCACUCUUCGCCAUGUGCUGCGCUGAGACAGGAACCAGCCCUGCAGUCGGCACUGAGUGAUUUUUGGUUUAUUCUUCCGUGCUCACUUCUGGUUCUGACAAUCAGUGGCCUAGAGCACUGACUGUUAACAUAAACAUCACUAGCAACGGUGUUAAACAAGUCUAAACACAGAGGUGUUUUCUGUGAGGAUUUUUUAAAAGACUGCUACUUGUACAAUAACCCUUGUCAUUAAUGUACAAAAUGCUUUCAAGUGACUUGUAAUUUGAGUACCUGUGAUCUAUACUUGCCUUGCUUAGUAUGUGUGGGCAAAGCAUGACCAAGAAAAGCCACAUUCGGAUUAGACUUCUGACACAACAGGGGCCAAAGCAGGGCUGACCUUGGGCACGUGUGGCACAGAAGGUAGUACCGCACUGUGGGUGGUUGUGCUGCGGACACUGCCUACUUCACUGCUAGAAGAGAAGAGAAAUUUGAUGAUGAAGGAGAUACACAGCAUACAGAUUUGGAAAGUUUAGAAAGUCAAAUGCAGUAGUUGUCUUUUUCAGUUUACACAUGUACCUUGUGGUAAAGGACCAUAUCACAAACUGAUUUAAAAACCAAAAUUUAAUUUGAAAAUGACUAAUCAUAAUUUGCUUAAUAGUGACAUCAGGUUUGAGUUGGUUCUUGCAAAUAAACAGGCUCUUGUCAGACUUCACACAUUAGUGACCUUUAGAAAGGCUCCCUACAGGGUUAAGUGGGUGGUGAUGUUUAUUAAAUCAACAUUCUGAGUCAUAGGGCUUGAGAUACAGGGGCUUCAGGUCAUGUGACACAACCCCCUGUUAACAGAGAUGAGACGGGGGCCCAGAGGACUUCUGAAGCUUCUCCAGGCCCAGCCAGCGUGCCUGCCUCGAAGUCAGCUGCGGACUCCUGGUGCCCCUGCUGUCACUGAGGGGCGGGGCCUGGUCUGCAUUCAGGUUAUGAUCGCCAACUUGAAUGCUGUGUGGUAUUUUCCUACCUAAUCAUUAAGAUUAUAACUGUCCACCCAGAAAAGGCAACUGAAGGGUGUGAAAGUAGCUUUAUAAGAUACUCAUCUAGGUCCUUGUCCAGCCUCCUCCUGUGUCUAAGUCUUAAUCAAUCUUAGGGUUGAUGUCUUGCAUAGUAGCCUUUAUUCAUCUCAUGUUUUAUCAGUGUGCCUCGAGUUGCUGAGAAAUGAAACUCUGUUCAUGUUUUAAAACUGCUUUCAGUUUUCCCUUCAUCUGCUGUUGAAACCCUAAGGAAUCAGCUUGUAAACUGUGGAUUAAGGAUGGUUGUUUGCCUUAUUAAUUAAACCUUUCUGUGGAAUGAGAUGCUGAUAUAAAUAAAAAAUAAUCAUGAUUUAAUCUCCCUGUACAGAGGCACCUGAAAGCUGUUUGUUCAGGAGGUAUGUACUUUAGGUGUUUCUUCAAGCAGUCAUGCUUUAUUGCUGUUGGCUUCCCUUGGGAUCAACUAUUCCAAGGAACAAUCUAGAGAUGCCACAGCUAUUUAUUUAAAAAAUAAAACCUGUGUAAUAAGCAUCAGAUAGAUUAUCAAACAAUGUGGUCUUUUGGGUUCAUCUAAAAGCAGCAGCUAAUCCAAUUUUUAAUAAACUGUUUGAUUCACACCCUCCUCUAUAUUCUCAAAUGGUGUGUAGACAAGGAGUGAUGAUUAAUUUGAUCUUUUUUUCUGCAGAUGAAGAUUGCCAUAGCAGCUUUGGAUUAGAUUUCAUGAAUAAUCAUUGCACCUAGCAUACCUUUGUGUGAUGGAAUUUGAAAAAACAUUCCCUGAUUAAGUCAAUGUGGUAUCAUUAAAUAAUUAGGUUGAGAACUGGCGUAAUUGUUUUACUUGGUAAUUGGUGGUUAUCUAUUCAUAACAGAACUUGGAAUGGUGGAAGAGAAUUGUAAUUUCAGAGUCUUUUAAGGUCCAGGGGGGAACUGGUCUAUUCUCAUUAUGUAUUUUAGCUUAAAAGAUUAUAAGGUAAUCUUUAUUAAUGAUUAAUAAUAAUUAAUCAUUAAUAGAAAUGGUAAUCUUUAUUAAUGAUUAUAGAUUAAGGAUAGUUUAUAGGACACUCAGCCCACUUCUAACACUUGCCUUUGAAAUGAGUUUGAAAUAUGUUUCCAUUAACUCUGAGUUAUACUAAUAUUUGGUUCACAUUGUCAUUUUAGAUUUUGAAAAUAUUAGUAUUAGAAAGUUGGGGAAAUGGCUUAUCUUGUGUAUUUAAAUGUUUGUGUUCUAUUUCAGCUCAGAGGGCAACACUUUCUUAGGGGUACUAACUAGGCCACUGUUCGUAACUGAUCUGUAAGGUUCUGGUAAUGUGCACACUGAAGGAUUUCUCAGAAGUAGGUCUCUUCCCAUGCACUGUGCUUGUUGAUGUGCCUGUGAAACUCAUCUCUGGGAAGGAGACAUGACUUGAAACAUUCUCAUCUGUAAACUAUAUAUAAACUUAAUGACUUUUUUUUUUUUAUAAACCAAGACCUUGAGACAAA